CGGCGAUGACGUCACUGUGGGCGACAGUGAUAGAGAGUUCCAGAAAGAGCGGCAGUGCGCGAGACACGCAAACACACAGGACUAUAACAAUAAGAACUCUUAAAAUAAUAAUAAAAGUAAUAACAGCGAUUGUACGCGGCUUUAUAUCGGAGCAGACGCGCAAGUGGCCGUCAUGACGACCAUCGAUUACAGUGUUUGGGAUCAUAUCGAGGUUUCCGAUGAUGAAGAUGAUACUCACCCAAACAUCGACACACCGAGCCUGUUCCGCUGGAGACACCAGGCUCGUGUGGAGCGGAUGGAGGCCUUCAUGAAGAAGGGCGAGGAGCUGGAGAAGAGUCUGGCGGAGAGCCGCAGGAAGCUGGCGGAGGCGCAGCGGCGGGUGCAGGAGCUCGUCUCAGCGUCCACACCGGAGGCUAAAGCUGAUCUGGCCAAAGCCCAGGAGGAGGAGAAGCAGCUGAAGAAGCAGGAGAGGUCGUGGGAGAAGAAAAUGCAGGAGCAUCGCAUCGAGGAGAAGAAGAUGCCCUGGAACGUGGACACGCUCAGCAAGGAGGGCUUCAGUAAGAGCGUCGUCAAUGUCAAGCCGGAGAAGGAGGAGGAGACGGAAGAGGAGAAGGAGGAGAAACACAAAAGCUUCGUGGAGAAAUACGAGAAGCAGAUCAAACACUUCGGGAUGCUCCGGCGCUGGGACGACUCUCAGAAGUAUCUGUCUGACUAUCCUCACCUGGUCUGUGAGGAAACGGCUAAUUAUCUGGUCAUCAUGUGCAUCGAUCUGGAGGUGGAGGAGAAACACGCUCUCAUGGAGCAGGUGGCCCAUCAAACCAUCGUCAUGCAGUUCAUCCUGGAGCUUGCCAAGAGUCUGAAAGUCGAUCCUCGCGGCUGCUUCCGCCAGUUCUUCGCCAAAAUCAAGACCGCAGACCAGCAGUAUCAGGACGCCUUCAACGACGAGCUGGAGUCCUUUAAGGAGCGAGUGCGCGGACGAGCCAAGAUCCGCAUCGAGAAAGCCUUGAAGGAGUACGAGGAGGAGGAGCGGCAGAAGCGCCUGGGUCCCGGCGGACUGGAUCCGGUGGAGGUGUACGAGACGCUGCCUCCGGAGAUGCAGAAGUGCUUCGACGAUAAAGACAUUCAGAUGCUGCAGGAGGCCAUCAGCAGGAUGGACCCGACGGAGGCCAAACAUCACAUGAAGCGCUGCAUCGACUCGGGACUGUGGGUCCCGAACGCACGAGCGGACGAAGAGGGAGAGAAAGAGGAAGGUGAUGAACCGCAGUACGAGGAAGUGAAGAAAGAAGAGCAGUGACCCCUGACCCCGUCCUCUCCUGCUCCGGACCCCAGAGCCGUCAUGAUGAAAUAAGUGCUGGAGCAGAACCCGAGCACGUCUCUCUUCUCUCAUUAUCACUGUUUUGUUAUUUAUGUAGACUCACUCCCAGCGCUUCUGCUUUCUCACGCCAGCCUCCAGCUCUUCUGAAGUUAGGGUUAGAUUGGCCAUUACUCACAGCUGAAUGAAGAUCUGCAGUAUUAUAGAUAGAGGAGACGGUCCAGACGAAUACUAAUAAUGAACUGAUUUAGUUGUUGGAUGCUGUUCUCUUUUUGUUCUGCUCUGUUAGUGCUGUCUGUUCAGUUUGUAUCAGAAUAAAGCUGUGGGCUGAUGGGAAA